AUGCGUCCUGUCUUUGCCAUUGCCGCCUUCGCUGCGGUUGCUUCUGCCGCAGCGGCGGACACCGUCCCCCCUGAGCUGGCUAGCAUCGGGGAGCCGUCAACAGUACUGAAUGCCACCUACUCCGUGGGGUCGGCUGCAGUCAGCUUCACCCCUGGCGAGUUUCUCAACACGACCGUCGCCAAAAGCGCGCCGGAGCCGCAUCUCCACGACUUGGGGCUGAGCAGCUCGGGACCCUACCUGCUGCUGAUGGUCGACCCGGACUGGAACAAAACCACUCCCCCAUCGGUGAUCGUGCAUACCGUUGUGGCCAACCUGACCACCGCCGUUAACAGCACCAGCGACGCGAACGUGUUGGCCUCCUACAUUGCCCCCCAGCCCAAGUCCGGCACGCACAACUACACCCUGUUCCUGUUCGACCAGCCCGCCAACUUCAGCGUCCCCAGCCGCUACGAGUCCUUCAUGCAGACCACUGCUGAGACUCCCCUGAACCGACUGAACCUGCCGCUGGAGAGCUUCCUCAAUCAGACCGGACUGGGCAAGCCGGUCGCGGCCAACUACUUCCGCGUCACAGCGGCGAGCAACGACACCAGCUCCAGCUCGGGCGGAUCCGGCUCCAGCACGAGCACGAGCACAGGCACGAGCACCGGCACCAGCACCGGCGCCGCCGCUAGCGAGACGUCGAGUGGGGCGGGCCACAGGAUGGCAGCGGGCAGUUAUCUGGCCGGCGCAUUGGCCCUGGUCGGUGCGGCAGUGGUCUCCGUCUGA